AUGGCGGAGCUCUACACGGAGGCGCGCAGCCGGACCUGCGUCCAGCCCAUCCAGGUCGUCGGCGUCUCGCACGACUCGCCGCUGUCGUGGUCGCCGUCCGGGCGGCGCCUGGCCUUUGUCGCUGGCAACAACAGCAUCUUUGUCUGCGCGUCCACGGGCACGGCGAAUGGCGUCGUGCUCGAGAAGAUCGUCCCGCUCUUCAAGAAGGAGGUGCACGUUGUCAUGUUCUUUGCGGACCGCGAAGACCUCUUGCUCGUGGCCGGCGCGGAAGGCCUUGCGUUUGUCAACGUCGAGACGGGCGACGUUGCGCACCGCAUUGGCCUCGGCGAAGACAACAACCACGAGAGCGACAUUACAUGCGCUACGUGGCUCUACGAUGGCCUCAUCCUCGCGACGGGCUCGAAGGACACGACCAUCAAGCUCUGGGCGCGCGACCACGCGGUGCCCACCGAGUGGCUCUGCCUCGAGACGCUCGCCGCGCACAAGGCGCCGCUUCUGACCAUGACGUUCAGCGCACACACCAACGCGCUCUUCUCAUCCGGUCGCGACUCGUCGAUCAAGAACUGGGACGUGCGCAGCCUGCACCCCCACACGAUCCAGAAGCGCAAGGACGAUGGCAGCAUCUCUUGCAGCGUGUCGUCGUCCAUGGAAGGUCACCAAGGCGACGUCGUGACGCUGACAGUCACGGAGAAUGGCAAGAUCCUCUUUUCCGGCGCGCGCGACAACACGAUCAAGGUCUGGAACGUAGCGCAGCACCGCGAGAUCCGCAUCAUCAAGGGCCACACGGGCGACAUCCGCCGCAUCAUCCUCCUCAACGACGAGCAGCACAUGUACUCGGCGUCGGCCGACGGCACGAUUCGACUCUUGAAGCUCCUCGACGUGGUCCAAGACGACGAGACGAUUCUCUCGGCCGAGGACCUCGAGCGCGAUCGCGAAGUGGCCGACAAGCUCGCGCUGGAAGAGAUCCUCGGCGCGUCCAAGUCGGACAUGGCGUACGCUGCCGGCAUGAUCAACCCGCUCGCGAUGCCCCGCGACGAGCUGCUGAUGUCGCUCAACGCCCAUGAUGAGCACGUGUUCCGCAUGGAAGUCAACCCGUGCGUCCCGCUCAUGGCGACGGCCGGCAACCACGAGGUGCGCAUCUGGAAUAUCGACAACAUUGCCAAGCCCGUGCUCUUGAACGAGUUUGUGGCGCACACGGGGACCGUCACGUCGGUCUCGCUCCUCCAUGACGACAAGCACCUCGUGUCGUCGUCGCUCGACGGCCGUAUCCAUCUCUACAACGUCGGCAGCAUUCACCGCGAGGCCAAACUUGACGUCUACGGCUCGGUGGGCGCGCUGGCGCUGACGCCGGACCAGCGCCUCCUCUUUUGCUCGGGCAACGAUUAUGACAUUCGGGGUUUUGUCAUGCAGGACACCACCAUUGGGGCGCAGUGCGUCGUUGAGCUCACGGGCCACGCGGGCAAGGUCUACUGCAUGGCGUCGUCGCCCGACGGUACGGUUCUUGUCAGCGGUGCCCACGACUACAGUUUGUGCGUCUGGAAGCUGGGCGCUAUCAACCAGAGUUACCAAGGCGCAAACGUCCCGCUUCUCAACACGGUCGACGCCGAAAUCAAGACGCUGACGCCGGCGAAGAAGUUCAACUCGCCGCACCAAGGCCACAUCUUUGCCGCCGUCUUCAACGCGCCCAGCACCAACCAAGCCGUGCGCCUGGCGACGUGCGGCAACGACCACGCGAUCAAGCUCUGGCGGCUGCGCGGCCACGCGCUCUCGGAAGUGUGCCUUAUCCCGGAUGCGCACUUGAGCGUCAUCAGCAGCCUCACGUGGGGCAAGCAUGCAUCGAGCCACCUCCUCUUUUCGGGUGGCUGGGACCACACGAUCAAGGUGUGGGACCUCACGGCCGACACGCGGGCGCCGUCCGCGCCGAUCGGAACGCUUCAUGGACACAAGGGCCGUCUCUCGAGUCUUCAGGUCUCGGACGACGGCCAACUGCUCGUGUCGACUGCCGCCGACGGCACGACCAAGCUCUGGCAGGCGGUUGCGCCCUUCCAGCUCCUCUGCACGUACGUGGGUGCGGUUGAAGGCGGCGCAAGCAGCCUUGCGGUCGGUCGCAACAUCAUCGCGACGGGGUAUGACGACGGGAUGAUUCGCGUCUGGCCGCUCAUGCGCAGCGACGGCAGCGUCGACGCCGAGUACGACGGUCUCUUCUUGACGCCGGACGAGCUCGAGGUGCUCCAGACGCGGUCGCGCGUGACGGGCUCGACGCGCAAGAAGGGCGCGUUCUCGCCCACGGCCGCGCCCUCGCUUCUCUAA